UUCGCUCUCGCCAACAGCUUUGGCGCGGACGUAAAUAGAUAAGAGCUUACCUAUUACAUAAUCGCCAAAGAAAGAAAAGCAAAAAGGAGAAGAAGAAGAAGAAGAAGAAGGGGAGAAAAAAAUGUCCGCCCGCGUCUUUCAAUCUACGGCAAGCCGUGUACUCACGCGGCAGCGCCAGCGGGUGCUGGCAGGCAGCUGCCUCGGACUCUCCGUGGGCACGGGCCUAGCGAUGCGGUCGUCGCCGCGCAUCCGCUUCGACAGUCCGGCCGCGGCUUCAUCGCCAUUCUCGACGUCGUCGCCCGCGCUCUCGGGGGCCCCGGGCCCCCGCGACACGAAAGAAGAGGUUCUGAACCCGGAGCUCAUGAAGCAGCUCUCCGGGGGCAGCGUGACGGGCUUUCUCUUGGGCGUUCUCGUUAGUGUCUUCUCGCGGACGCUGGUGCUGCUUUUGGGCGUUGGGGUGGUUAUUGUGCAGGUGGCAGCGCAAUACGGUAUUAAUUUAGUAGAUCAGCUACGCUUAAAGCAACGGCUGGGGAAGUCACGAGUACUAGCAGCUCUGGAGAAAGAUCCGGCCUUUAAGCUCUCAUUCGGCAUAUUCUUCGCUCUUUCUGCCUUUAUGCAGUUCUAGACUGGAGCGCGCAAGAUGCGAGAAGUCUAUCUACUAUAUG